AUGGAAAAGUUCCCGGACUACACAGAUGCGCCUCGUUUCCCCAAUGGCCUUUCUCGCUCUCCUAGUCCUCUGAAGCCUGCCUCUGGUUAUGGCCUCCCCAAUGGCGCCAUUUCACAUUCAGACCGUCGAUCCGCCCCCGCCGUACGCAACGAGAAUGGUCACACAAACACACCCGUUCACGGCCAUGGUCAAAAUCUCUCACCCUGGGACAACUCGAAACGAGGAAACAGUCGUCAAAAGAGCUUGAGCGACGCCAUUCGCACUAUUCGUACCAGAAAAGGAAGUGUGAGCCAGAAUGCCCACGAAAUCGCCGAUGCUCUGCGCGCUCCCGUGUCUCCAAAACUCGUCAUACUUUGCCUCAUGUGGUAUACAUCCUCUGCCUUGACAAACACCUCGUCCAAGUCCAUCCUCAAUGCCUUCGACAAGCCUGCGACCUUGACGCUAGUUCAAUUCGCCUUUGUAUCUUCCCUCUGCGUCGUCCUCGCAUGGCUAGCCACCUUAUUUCCAAUUCUUCGUGAGAAGGUCUCUACUCUUCGACAUCCCAUCCGCCAGCCCUCGAGAGACGUUCUCAUGGCCACACUACCUCUCGCAGCGUUCCAGAUUGGUGGUCACCUUUUGAGUUCCACCGCAACCGCCAAAAUUCCCGUCUCACUCGUUCACACCAUCAAAGGGCUAUCUCCCUUGUUCACAGUGCUAGCUUACAGAAUCUUUUACGACAUUCGAUACCCCCAGGCAACGUAUUGGUCCUUGAUUCCCCUGACGGUUGGGGUCAUGCUUGCCUGUUCCGGAAAACACAGCUAUGGAGGGCAAAUGCUUGGCGUUAUUCAAGCGUUUCUGGCGACACUCAUUUUCGUCUCUCAAAACAUUGUCUCCAAGAAGAUUUUCAACGAGGCUGCCAAAGCAGAAGCAGAAGGCCCUGGAGGCCAUUCAAAAAAGCUAGACAAGUUGAACUUGCUAUGCUAUUCUUCCGGUAUGGCAUUUGUCGUGACGAUGCCAAUUUGGUUCUGGAGCGAAGGCAUCACUUUACUAAAGGACGUCUUGCAUGAUGGCUCACUUGACUUGAGUAACAACAAGGAUGCCAUGGAUCAUGGUCGCCUGACCCUUGAAUUCAUCUUCAACGGCGUGUUCCAUUUUUCUCAGAAUAUUCUGGCAUUUAUAUUGCUGUCCAUGGUUUCACCCGUCACAUACUCUGUGGCCAGUUUGAUCAAGCGGGUCUUUGUCAUAGUCAUGGCUAUUUUGUGGUUUCGAAGUCCAACAACGCCCAUUCAGGCAGUGGGAAUUGCCUUGACUUUCGUCGGGUUGUAUCUCUAUGAUCGCACAAGCGAGAGCAACAAGGCUGACCGAAAAGCACGCCUGAUGACUGAGUCCCAGACUGGCUCCUCCCCCUUGCUCCCUCUGGAGGAACAGCCUAGCAGGCCAACGAGCGAGGUGCCUGGAGCGACAGCCCGACCAUACGAAGGCGGCUUUUUCAGUUCCUUCCCGGGAGGGAACAGCUCAAAAAGGUCUCUAGAGUAA